AUGGAAAUACUAAAACGUUACUGGAUAGCUCUUAUCAAUGCUAUCAGCACUCAAAGUUCAUUACCUAUCGAUCAGAUUAUCAAUUCUGUUUAUGGAGAUGAGUUCUUUCAUGCGAUUGGCUACGAGAAUCCUGAUGUACUUGCAUUGCGAUGGCUUCGCGUAUGCAAGUGGGAUAUCACCGAUGCUGUUCAAAAAAUGAUGAAAAUGCUCAAGUGGCGACAUGAGUGGGGAGUUCAAGCCCUUGUGGCUCAGGGCGAGAGUAAUCUCUCCUAUGAAGAAAUCAAGACGGGCAAGUGUUUUUUAAUGGGAUAUGAUAAGGCUGGUCGUCCAAUCAAUUAUAUAUCUGCCAAGGAUCACAUAAAUGGUCAAUUUCCCCAUGAGACUACACAGAAACUGACCGUUUUAACAAUGGAAACUGUUCGAAAACUCAUUGACACUCCCGUGGAGACGAAUACGAUUGUUUUUGAUCUAAGUGGAUUUCGUUUGAAAAAUAUGGACUAUCAACAUAUCAAAUUUUUUAUCAGUCUCAUUGAAAAUUAUUAUCCGGAAUCGCUUGGUCAGGCAAUCAUAGUGAAUGCUCCGUGGAUAUUUUACGGUUGCUGGGCCAUCAUUAGCAAAUGGUUGGAUCCGGCCAUACGAAAUGAAAUUCAAUUUGUUAGGAAUGAAGUCGAAUUAGCUAGCCAUAUAGAUCCAUCUGUUCUCCCAAGAAAAUUGAACGGAGCUCAAUCUGAUUUUGAAUACAUUCCACCGACAGCUGAUGAUGAAGCCAUGAUUGCCACUAUCCGUGCCGAUGUUCAGGGUAAAGCAAAUGCCCAAGUAGCUCACCAAGAAGCUGCUCGACACUAUCUGAACGUUACCCUGCAAUGGGCUCGCGGUGGCACGAACCCGAAUUUACUAGCGGAGAGGGUAAUGGCUGUGACGCAGUUGCGAAAUGCAUUUGAAAAGUUGGUUCCAUACAUAAGUACUCGAACUUACUAUCAUCGAGUUGGAGCUAUCAAAGAGCAGAUCUUUCACGAAACAUACAAUCAGAUUCGUGCGUCGAUAGCGAACCACGUCUAG